UCCCCUCCAGCGCCGCCGCCGCCGCCGCCUCCGCCGCCGCACGGUGCCCGCUCGUCCCGCCGCGCCGCCGCCGCUGCCCGCGCCGCCCGCACCAUGGGCAGCGAGCAGAGCUCCGAGGCCGAGAGCCGCGCCAACGAUCUGAACUCCUCAGUGGCGCCCUCUCCCGCCAAGCACAGAGCCAAGAUGGAUGAUAUCGUGGUGGUCGCUCAGGGCUCACAGGCCUCGAGGAAUGUCAGCAACGAUCCUGACGUCAUCAAGUUGCAAGAGAUUCCGACCUUCCAGCCGCUCCUGAAAGGGCUGCUGAGCGGCCAGACCUCGCCGACCAACGCCAGGCUCGAGAAGCUGGACUCCCAGCAGGUGCUGCAGUUGUGUCUCCGGUACCAGGACCACCUCCACCAGUGUGCGGAGGCCGUGGCUUUCGACCAGAACGCGCUGGUGAAGCGCAUCAAAGAGAUGGACCUGUCGGUCGAGAGCCUCUUCAGCUUCAUGCAGGAGCGCCAGAAGCGCUACGCCAAGUACGCGGAGCAGAUGCAGAAGGUCAACGAGAUGUCGGCCAUCCUGCGCCGCAUCCAGAUGGGCAUCGACCAGACGGUGCCGUUGCUGGAGAGACUCAACAGCAUGCUGCCCGAGGGCGAGCGCCUGGAGCCCUUCAGCAUGAAGCCCGAGCGGGCGCUGCGGCUCUAGGGCCCGGGGGAGGGCGGAGGGGG